AAACAAAGAUGAGUUUGGAGCCUAAUUUAGUGAUAAAAAGCGAGUCUGAAGCCAUUUGUCGUUUGUGUGCGCGCCAAAAAGACGAUUGUACCAUCGAUUUGUUCAUCAACAGCAACUUGGACCUCCUCCAGAAGAUACGAGAGCUGCUAAAUGUGAAAAUCAAACCGAACGAUAAAGUGCACAAUAUUUGUGCGUCAUGCAACGAAAAGCUCCAAAUUUGUCACGAAUUUUACGAAGCAGUGCACACGGCGCAACGACAGCUGCUGGAAAUUGCCGCUAAAACAAUCAAACAAGAAGAAGUUCCUGUUGAAUGUGAUGUUAAAGUAGAAGAUGAACCUCCUGAGAUCGAAUCUCACCUGUUUGAAGAAGAAAAUCACGAAUCCAGUGUCUCUUCGAGUGAUUUCGAGGACGAAAAUGACGAUUUCACAUCAUCCAAAGACAAAUUUCAGUCGGAUCAGCUGAAUAAAUUUUAUAAAUUUGUAUGUCAUCAGUGUUCGGUAACGUUUCCUACAUCCUUGACCUAUCAACAACACAUGCGAAAGUCACAUCAGAAUGAAAAUCCGACAAUUUCUUGUUGUAAUCUCACCAUUUCCUGCCAGCGCGGGAAACUUUUGGAACAUUUUCUGAUGCACACGAGUCCCGAGGAGCUCCAAUGUCGCAUUUGCAGCAAACAGUAUUCGAAUAAACGCGCCAAAAGACGUCACGAGAAGACGCACAGUCAAAAAAGGAAGCGUGGACCUCGAUUGCAGUGUCCCAAAUGCGAUCGUUUCUUGGCUGACAAGGCAACGUUGCAAAGUCACAUCAAAAAUGUCCAUACUCCCGACGAGGAAAGGCAAAAAUACGAGUGUCAUCAUUGCGGGAAAAAACUUACGACGAAAUUUUCAGUAUUAAAUCAUCUUGUGGUGAAGCACGGGAUGCAAGCGGAGACUCCCGUAUCAAAUAACGAGGAGAUUUUGUGUCCAUUUUGCGCGAAAUGCUUCAAAAAUCGAUCCACAUACAAUUAUCACUACCAAGUCAAGCAUAAUAUUGUGACGACAGUGUGUCCCGAAUGCGGAAUUGAGAUGAACAAGAAGUCCCUCCGAAGUCACAUGAGACGUACUCACGAUUAUCAGCCGCAAAAUUGCCCGAUUUGCAUGAAGCAGUUCCGAAAUAUGCAUGCGGUGUUGUUGCACAAGAACCGGGUGCAUGUCGAACCGCGGCACGAGUGCGAUAUUUGCGGAAAAAUGUUCAAAAUGAAGGAUAAGCUGAAGGAACAUCGCAAAGGGCACAUCAUUGAGAACAGAUUUCAGUGCGAUAUGUGUAAUGUGGCGAAUAAUGACUAUGCUAAUAUACUGAAGCAUCGGAAACAGGUGCAUCCAACAGCCACGCCGAUACCUCAUGGCAUGGGAAAGAAGCUGCUGGAGAUCGGAUAUCAACAAAUUGUGACUAUUUAAGUGAAUUAUAUGCGAAAUUUGUUCUUAAAAUUAUGAAAAUUUGAUUUUUAGUCGGAAAUUUUACCAUUUUAACGUUUUUUAAGUGAAAUUUGUUCACAAAUCAUUCUGAGAGUCGAAAUUAGUUCUAUUUUUGUCCAAGAGCUACUGU